AUGAGACUCAAAAUACUAGGAUGCCUCUUGGCGUUUUUGCCUCUACUCCUUCAUGCCCAAGAAGACGAAGACUUGCCAACACUCCACGAGAUGCCCACGACCUCUAGUCCGACUAGAGGGUGGCUUCAGGCCUACGUCGUUGUGUGGCUACGGAAACCAAGCGAGACCCGAUACACUACAACUUGGAUCCACGACGGAACAACUGGCCAUUCCUGGCAGAUGGCAUGGGGUUUGAACCUGAAAGCGUUCGACGAAUGGGUUAAAAAGUGGGAGAUGGAGGGCUUCCGGAUGGCCACCCUCGGCGCGAAUGGGCCAGCAGACAGAGCCGAAUUCCACGGCGUUAUGGUACUUCCCAAGCGCCGCCUCAAAUGGGCUUACAAGUGCGAUAUCGAGGACCUCGACAAGUGGAUAGCAGGUAAGGAUGACAACGGUAUUUCCAGGGUUGUCAGCUUUCGUAUGUACGGAGAAUUGGACAACAGAAGAUAUUGUGUUUUGAUCCACGAGAACAGAGGCAACAAGCGUUGGGCACUGGAACAUUCCGAGCCAGGCUUGAUGCCAGACUCGACCUGCGUCUCCGAAUUCAACUACCCGCAUGUAUCACGACAAUUCCUACACCCUGCCAAGCUCUUUAUGGCCGACGAUGGUGUUAUUACGCCCCUGAUGGCUGACAUGAGCAUGGGAGGUUGGUCAGCCGCAAUUCGCCUCAAUCAAUCAGCGAUGGCGAAGGAGAUCGAUAGACAGGGCCAUCAGUGGUUCAUGCCAAUCGACAUACAAGGAGCCUCGGGUUUCGGCAAGACACAGUUCAACGCCGUCUUCGCUGAACGCACGAAAUAUCAGUCUCGAGUAUGGGCGGCGCAUGGGCAAACUUCGGGCUUCAGGAACAACGAGAGGGCUAAAAAGGAGUUGGAAAAAAUCAUGAAGGAUUUCAUAAAGCAUAACGGCAUUCGACAAGCCCAAAUAUCCAUCGGAAUGAGGGGCCACGCCUUCCUCGAGCGAAGCUACACAUAUCCCGAAUCAGCUUACGGCACCGUGAAACCACAUGAUGUUUUCCUCCUCGGAGGUGUCAGCAAAAUGUUUCUAUACGUAGCCGUCGAAUGGUGCGUUGAUCAAUUAAUAGUUACAUACGACACACAUGUCUACAAGCCUCUGGGUUAUCGCAAAGCCUUCGACAAGCGAGUAGAAGACAUCACCAUCCAGCAUCUACUUGAUCACACAGCAGCCGCCUUCGAAUUCGGCAAGGUUGGACUGCAACUACCGCACAAUGGCACAGAACCCGCCACUCUUCACGACUUGAUCGAAUACAAGCUUAAGAGGAGGCUCGAUUACAACCCAGGCGAACAUAUGGUUCACUCCCACUACGGCUCCCUACUGUUGGGCGCAGUAGUAGCGAACCUUACCGAGAUGCCCUAUGUGGAUUUCCUAAAGAAACACAUCCUCGAUGGCCUUGGUGUGUCACUGUUCGAGACUGACUCAAAGGUUCACUUCAAGGAUAAGGUUGUUCAGCAAGGUUUGCAGAUUGGUCUCGAUGCCAGAUACCCCGGAAGGGGGACCGUUGCAAGAAUUGGUAAACGCAAGGAUGGCUACCGCAGGGGAGGAAUAGAAGGCGGUUACGCCUAUGUCGAGACAUACGGUGAUUUCGACUUUGCCAUUCUCUUUAACACAAGGGAGUUUGCUUCCAAGAAUGCGGUUUUGGGCCUUGCUCACGACAAGAUUCGGAAUUUUAUCGAUCGAACCGUUGCGGAGAAAAAGUAUGGUCCAUUUACGCUCACCUGUAAUCCUGGGCCCGAAAUCUUCGACAAGGCUUUCCCUGGACUGGAAGGGGUACCCCUAGACUCUUUAGAGCAUUUGCCCGAUUGUACCCAGAAGGAAUUGGAUGAGAUCAUGCACGAUAGAGAGGACCUUGAUUAG